AUGUCGGAUGAUAUCUACAACCUCGAAUUCCUCUCCCUUGUUGCUAAAAUCACACAAGAGAUAGACAAUCACACUGGUAUUAACGACAAGACUCUUGCGGAAUUCGUCAUUUCCCUCCAUGAAGAGUCGAAGACCUUACCGGAAUUCAAGAAGAAACUGAAGGAUGUCGGCGCAAGCUUUCCCGAUUCUUUUGUAGAGAAUGUAGACCGCCUCAUUCUCAGCAUGCACCCGAAGCACAAGAAGCGGCCGGCGGCGAAUGGGAAGGAGAAUGAGGACGGUGGAUUGGAUGAGAUAGACAAGCGGAAGCGGCUGUUCCCUGGUCUGGCUCUGAAAGACCAAGAAUGGCAGCCGAGCGUCACGAAAGACGUUUUGAUGAAGGAGGUCGACGAUAUGAUGUCGCAAUUCGAGGGUGCGGCGAAGAAGGUGCGACAAAGACCCAUAGAGGAGGAGGAACGUUCCCCGAAGAGACGACGGAGAUCACGUUCACCCCCUCCUCGGCGCCGUAGUGUGAGCCCACCGCGUGGCCGUGAAGAUAGACUGGGCAGGUACGGUGAUCGGGGACGAAAGUCGUUGGACGAGCGACCUGUGCUGUACAAAAUCUACAGUGGUCGUGUUGCGGGGAUUAAGGAUUUUGGAGCGUUCGUUCAACUGGAAGGUGUUACAGGUCGAGUUGAAGGUAUGGUACAUGUCUCCAACAUUCAGCAAGGGGCGCGUGCGAACUCGGCCUCCGACCUGCUGAGCCGUGGACAGCAGGUUAAAGUGAAGGUCAUGAGCGUUGCAGGAAGUCGGGUCGGUUUGUCGAUGAAAGACGUCGACCAAGCCACUGGCCGAGAUCUUACCCCACAUUUACGCAUUAAGUCAGAGGCCGAGCUUGCAGAAGAGGAGCGACUACAAGCUGCUCGCGGCGCGAAUGCUGUUCCUCUCAACUCCCGCGGCGUGAAGGACGAUGUUGUGGUGCGCUCUGCGAAGCGGUUGACCUCACCGGAGCGGUGGGAGAUUAAACAACUCAUUUCUUCUGGUGCCAUUGACGCCUCAGAAUACCCCGAUCUAGACGAGGACUUCAGUAACCCCAUGGCUCGUGCAGAAGUUGAGGAAGAGUUGGACGUUGAGAUACGGGAAGAAGAGCCACCAUUCCUAGCAGGACAGACGAAGAAGACGCUCGAUUUGAGUCCAGUCAAGAUCGUCAAAGCGCCUGAUGGGUCAUUGAACAGGGCUGCGUUGGCUGGCGCUUCCCUCGCGAAGGAGCGAAGGGAGUUGCGGCAGCAGGAGGCGAACGAGCAGGCGGACUCAGAAGCUCGCGACUUCAGCGCCCCAUGGCUUGACCCUAUGUCAAAAGAGUCGGACAAGAUUUUCGCACAAGAUCUCCGAGGAAAUCUUCGGGGACAGAAAGCGGGAGAGCAGCCGAAGUGGAAGGAGGCUACAUUCAAUAAGGCGACCACAUUUGGAGAGAUUACGUCGCUUAGCAUCCAGGACCAACGUAAAAGUUUGCCCAUCUACAAGCUGCGGGAUUCGCUCUUACAGGCCAUCAGAGAGCACGAAAUCUUGAUUGUUGUCGGUGACACAGGCUCAGGCAAGACCACGCAGAUGACGCAAUACCUCGCCGAGGAUGGAUUUGCAGACCAUGGCAAGAUUGCAUGCACUCAGCCUCGACGUGUAGCUGCCAUGUCCGUCGCAAAGCGUGUUGCGGAAGAAGUCGGUUGCCGGUUAGGGCAGGAAGUCGGAUAUACGAUUCGUUUCGAGGACUGCACAAGUCCAGAGACUCGAAUCAAAUAUAUGACUGAUGGUAUGCUUCAGCGGGAGUCACUGAUAGACCCUGAUCUCAGCGCAUACUCUGUCAUCAUGCUGGAUGAGGCGCACGAGCGAACCAUUGCUACCGAUGUCCUUUUCGGUUUGUUGAAGAAGGCGAUCAAGCGUCGUCCAGACUUGAAGCUCAUCGUCACAUCGGCCACUCUUGAUGCGGAGAAGUUCUCGAAGUACUUCUACGGUUGUCCUAUCUUCACUAUCCCUGGUCGCACAUAUCCGGUCGAAGUCCUUUAUACCAAGGAACCGGAGACAGAUUACCUCGAUGCGUCCCUGAUCACCGUCAUGCAGAUUCAUUUGUCGGAGCCGCCCGGUGACGUCCUCUUGUUCCUUACCGGCCAAGAGGAGAUCGACACGGCGUGCGAAAUCUUGUACGAGCGUAUGAAGGCUCUAGGACCGAAGGUCCCUGAGCUCAUGAUCCUCCCCAUCUAUUCUGCCCUCCCCUCAGAAGUCCAGUCGAGAGUAUUUGAGCCCACUCCUCCAGGUGCCCGAAAAGUUGUCGUGGCGACGAACGUGGCAGAGACGAGUUUGACAAUACCUGGUAUCUACUACGUCAUUGACCCCGGUUUCUCGAAACAGAACGCGUAUGACCCGAGGUUGGGUAUGGAUUCGCUUAUCGUCAUGCCCAUCUCGCAAGCGCAAGCCCGACAACGUGCCGGCCGUGCUGGUCGUACCGGUCCCGGGAAGUGCUAUCGUCUAUAUACCGAGGCCGCCUUCCGUAACGAGAUGCUGCCCAACUCCAUUCCCGACAUUCAGCGUACGAAUCUGGCUCACACCAUUUUGAUGUUAAAGGCGAUGGGCAUUAACGAUCUGCUCAGUUUCGACUUUAUGGACCCGCCGCCCGCACAAACCAUGCUUACUGCUCUGGAGUCGCUCUAUGCCCUCUCCGCACUGGACGACGAGGGUCUAUUGACGAGAUUGGGACGCAAGAUGGCCGACUUCCCGAUGGAGCCCCCUCUGGCAAAGAUGUUGAUCACUUCUGUGGACCUCGGGUGCUCGGAGGAGAUCCUGUCGAUUGUGGCGAUGCUGUCCGUACAGAGUGUUUUCUACCGUCCCAAAGAGAAGCAGGGCCAGGCGGAUUCCAAGAAGGCCAAGUUCCAUCAACCGGAAGGAGACCAUCUGACAUUACUCACCGUCUACAAUGGCUGGAAAGCGAGUAACUUCUCCAAUCCAUGGUGUUACGAGAAUUUCAUUCAGGCUCGGAGUAUGCGCAGAGCGCAGGAUGUGCGGAAGCAGUUGCUGGGUAUCAUGGAUCGCUACAAGCAUGACAUCCUCUCAUGCGGAAAGGAUUACAACCGCGUUCGCAGAGCAAUCUGCUCCGGUUUCUUCCGUAAUGCAGCGAAGAAGGACCCACAGGAGGGCUAUAAGACGCUUGUUGAGGGCACGCCCGUUUACAUUCAUCCGUCGUCCGCACUCUUCAACCGCAAUCCCGAGUGGUGCAUCUACCACGAACUCAUCUUGACCACUCGCGAGUACUGUCACAACGUCACCGCCAUUGAGCCCAAGUGGCUGGUGGAGGUGGCACCGCAGUUCUUCAAGGUUGCGGACGCGAACAAGAUCAGUAAGCGGAAGAAGCAGGAGAAGAUCGAGCCGCUCUACAAUAAGUACGAGAAGCCGGACGAAUGGCGGUUAUCGAAGGUCAAGCGCAGUGCUCGUUCAAGUCAAACAUUUGGUUAA